AUGGUAGCCUACUGGAAUUCGUUUUUGGACAACAUGCCAUUAUCUCCAGAACUCACCGCGUCCAUCACCGACGCAGUUGCCAAAAACUUCAACAACGAGCUCGCAUUCAUUCAAAAAGUGAUCCAAUAUGGCGGCCAGCGAGGAGAGGAAACAGCGAUUCAAGAAGAAAUUUUCAACCAGUACACCUCACGGGGCUACGCGACUACCAAGCUUAACAUGGACCCAGAUGCGUUAUCAAAACACCCAGGCGCCGGUAAGAUAAGCGCAAAGCAUUCAAAAGCACCGGUGGUGAUAGGCGUUCUCGAGCCAAAGUCAUCAGCAGCCGGCGGAAAGAGUUUGAUAUUGAAUGGCCACAUCGACGUCGUGCCCACCGGACCGGAAGAACUCUGGACGCACCACCCAUAUUCUGGCAUCGUAGAGGGAGACUGGCUGUACGGUCGGGGCGGUGCUGAUAUGCGUGCUGGAAAUGUAGCUAAUAUGUUCGCAUUGGAUGCGCUCCGCAGCAUUGGCAAAAGACCAGCUUCCAAAGUCAUCAUCGAGUCUGUCCCGGAGGAAGAGUCGACUGGCAAUGGCACCAUGGCCACACAUAUUGCAGGCUACACGGCGGAUGCGGUAUUGGUGCCAGAACCGACGAACGAACAGUUGGUGCGCGCCAACGUGGGAGUCAUCUGGUUCCAGAUCGCAGUUGCUGGACGGCCAGUACACGUCCUCAAGGCUACCGAGGGAUCAAACGCGAUCGAAUCAAUAUGGAAGAUUGUGGGUGGCUUGAAAGAGCUCGAGAAAGAGAUGAAUGAGCAGAAGAAGGGCAGACUCCAUUUCGAAGAGCUCGAGCAUCCGAUCAAUCUUAAUGUGGCCAUGAUUGAGGGUGGAGAUUGGGCGAGUUCGGUCCCAGCUUGGUGCAAGAUUGACUGCCGGGUUGCGCUUUUCCCCGGUGUGCGUGCCGAAGACGUUGCGGCUCAAAUCGAACAAGCCGUUCAGAAGAUGGCAACUACUGACUCUUUUCUCCGCGACGCACCACCCAAGAUCACCUGGAACGGGUUCUUUGCAGAAGGUUAUGUCCUGGAACCGGGCAGCCAGGCUGAGGAUGUCUUGGGUGUCGCACACAAGCAAGCAACGGGUACCAAUCUCGAAAGCAUCACAAUGCCAGCAUACCUCGAUACAAGAAUCUUCUCACUGUUCCAGAAGAUACCUGCGCUAUGUUAUGGACCGAUUGGUGAAAGUUUACAUGGGUUUGACGAGCGCGUAAGUGUGAGUAGCAUUCAAAGGGUUACUACUGCCAUUGCGUUGUUUAUUGCGGAGUGGUGCGGAUUAGAAGACGCGGAUGCAACUACGUAA